AUGAAUGGACUCAUCACUAUCAAAUUUGCCAUUGGACAACGCGCUUUCUUCCUGAAGACUCCACAUCAGAAUAUACUGUGGGAUCUGAUCGCUUUUCUUGAUGACGAUACCGUCGAGAAGAUUCAAGCACUGGGCGGACUUUCGGCCAUGGUGAUAUCUCAUCCCCACUAUUACACAACUUAUGUGACUUGGGCACGCACCUUCAAGUGCCCAGUUUAUGUCUCGCCUGAAGACACAGAAUGGAUGUCACGUAUGGAUGCCACAGAUGUGAAGAGGGAACUCAUUACUGAAACCACAAAAUUGAUCGUACCUGGCCUCACUGCUAUCAAAUGUGGCGGUCAUUUCCCAGGCAGUCUUGUUCUGCACUGGGCCGAAUACCAGGGAAUGCUCUUCAUUGCAGACACGAUUGUGACCGUCCCGUCUGGGCUAAAUCCAUCGCCACGAUUGCCAUCACAGUCUACUUAUACAUUCAUGUGGUCGAUCCCGAAUAUGAUCCCAAUGCCUGCUGAUGAUAUUUAUCUGAUCUGGAAAGCUAUUAGACCAUACAAAUUUAGGAAGACAUUCGGCGCUUUCAAUGGCUUGACGGUUGAAACUGGCUGGCAGAAGAUUGGGGGUGCUGUGGUACUUGAGGGAGGAUUAGAGCAACGAAUUUUGGAUAGUAUGAAGAUUGUUGUUCGCGGACAGCUUGGAAUGUCUCAUCAUCCUAUCUUUGAGCAAACAGUCUCUGUUUAA